AUGGUUAAAGCAUUAAAAGGUGUCAUUCUAAAGUGUGAUUCAACCGUUAAACAAGUAAUAAACAAAUUAAAUGAAAGGAAACAAUUUAUAAUUGAGGAUUUGGAUGAUACGCAUUUAUUUAUUGAUGCAAAGGCCGUGGAAGAAGUUAAAAUUGAAGUGGAAAAAUUAUUAGAAGAAAAUACUUAUAAAAGCGAUUUACCUCCUCCAAAUGAGAAAUAA